AUGGGCCGAGCCUGCUUGCGGUGGCAAAAGCCGGAGAAGGCGGCGGAUGAGGCCGGGGAUGCAUCUGCUGCAUUCGCUGCCAAAGUGGGAAUGAGCCAGCAAAGAGCCGCAGAAGUGGCGGCAGCAGCAGCCGGUGAGACAAUGACAUCAGCUCUGCUGGACGAUGAUUGCUCCGUGAAGGAGGUCGCGCUCAGGGCUGGGCGGGAAGCUGCUCGAUCGGCAGAGGAGUGGGGCCUGGUUCGACACCGGGCUUGGGAGGCCGGCGCCCUUGUCGCUGUUCGGGUACUCGGUGGAGAGGCCAGCGCAUCUGGAAAACCGCUGGACAGCAUUGUCUUGGAUGCUACGGAAGUUGUGAAAUUUAUCGGAAAUGGAGGUAACCCGGAGUCCGUGAAGCAGGCUGCAAGAGGGCUGGGAAGGUAUUUCUUCGAGCUGGAGUUGGAGCUUGGAAAGCCAGCCCUAGAAGCGGCUGCGCAUGCUGCCAGAUUCGGUGCAGCAGCAGCGAAGGGUCGGAUGUCGCGGCAGAAGGCUGGCGGGCUGGCAUGCAGCUUAGCCGCAGAUCUCAUCAGGAAAGAGCCUUCGACGGACGUGCUCAUCAUUCAGGAUGCUGCUUUCAACGCGGGGCAGGAGGCAGGCUUGGAUUUUUCCAAAGCACUGGAGCUCUCGACGGUGGAGGCCGGAGUCGCCGCCGGGCACCGAAGCUUGAGCUCCGGCGCUUCCUUCCCCGAUGCAUCCAAAGAAGCCGGGACCUGCGCCAAUGACAUGGCCUCCAAGAAGAACCUGCCCAGCAUGCUGAAUGCGAAAGUAGCGGCCAAAGCUGCAGCCCGUUGCGCAGUCGAGUCACCGAGUUGCCGAAGCCGCUUCGAUGCCGGGGCCGAGGCAGCCCAGGCAGCCUUUGAAGCGGCGCAGGCGGCAGGAGCAGCGGAGGCCGCAGCGGCAGAGCUGGCUGCGAUUUGUGCCGCCGAAGCCGUGGCUGAGGCAGGUCUUGGGCUUGGCCUCGAUGCAGAACGCAUUGCCGAGGAAGCAGGCCACGAGGCCUUCCGAACAGCCGCCUCGCACGGCUUGGCAUUUGCGCCGCGAGUUGCGGCCCGGGCCGCUUGUCUCGCUGCGCAGGACGCCAUGGACAGCGAGCACCCACCUGACCUGGCGAUCGCAGCUGCAGGCCGCGCCGCCAUGUCUGCUGCCGCAGCUGCAGGACUCGAGGUGAAAGAUGCUGCUGAGACUGCUGCUGUCGCCGCUGGAAAGGUAGCAUCAGAUUUGGAAAUGGACGCUGGAGCGAAGCUGGAGGAUGCCGCAGCUGCUGGUGCUCGGGCCGCGGCCCAUGCGGGCUCUGCGGCGGGGCUGGCACCUGCAGAGGCCGGCCGUGCUGCUGCUUUGACAGCAGCCCAUGUCGUGGCCGAGAAUUGGACCGGGGAGGAGGCUUCGGAGGAGGCUGCACUUGUCGCAUGGCGCGUGGGAUUGACCCAAGGUCUGAUGCAUUCAACUGCCCUGGAGACAGCGUCUGCUGUCGCCGCGAAGAUCGCGGGCACAGCCUCCACAGCGCGGGGCCGCAGCGAGUCGCAGCCGGCUGCCGCGGCGGCUGCGGCUGCAAGGGCCAGGAUCGCUUUCGAAUUCUUGGUUAACAAGGGCCGAGCACCUGAGGCAGCCUUGGAGGCAGCUGGCCACGAGGCCGCAGAAGGGAUCGAGGCCUCGGCCGCCUCGGCAGAGGCCUGUGGCAAGGCCAUCGCCAUGACCCUGGGCAGACUGGCGGCGGCCAGCGAUGGUAAAAGAAGCCCAGAAGAGCAAGCUUCAAAAGCAGGGGCAGCCGGGGUCAAGGCUGGGAUUGCCGCAGGCUUGCUGCCAGGGCCAGCGGUCGACGCUGGUAUCGGGAUUGCAGCACACGUGUUGAUCAAGCGAAGGCCGGAUGAAGACCUGGCAUCUCGCGCCUUGGCACUGGCUCACUUGGCACGGUCGCUUGGGCUUUCCGCAGGGCUGCAACCAGCUCAGGCAGCCGAGAUGGCAGCCACAGCCGUGGCCUCGCGGACCACUUGCGCUGCCAUGACGGCAUACGAGGAUCGUGCAACUGCGUUGCAUCAAGCCUGCGAUGCUGGCCUCCAGGCUGGAGAUGCUGUGGGCUUGACUCCAGCCCGCAAUGCUGAAGUAACCUCCCUUGCUGUGACGUGGGCGGUUCUUGACGCAACAUUGACUGCAUCGACAAACACGGAGGACGUCUUGCAGGUGGCAGAGCAAGUAGUGCAGCAGACUGGCGAGCUUGGACAGACAAGCACAGAACGAUUGCAGCAGUGUGCGGUGAAGACGGCGGCCCACGCAGCAGCUUGUGCAAAGCUCCUGCAGGGGGCAGCACCACAGGCUGCAGCUAGUGCAGCUGCUGCAGCCGUCAAGGAGGGCCAGAAACACAAGCUGCCAUUCAAUGAUGUUCAAUGCUUGGCUGUCGCAGCAGCCGGACGUGCUGCCACAUUGGACGCUAUGGCAUCAUGCUGCAGUUCGGAGCAGGCUGUGCAGCAGGCAGCCGCAGCGGCGAGUCGUGCUGCCUUGGAUGUUGGGCUCCCUACAGAAAAGGCUCUCGAGUGUCAGGCCCUUCAUGCAGGCGGCGCAGCUGCGCAUGUAGCGACUGCGGCCGGAAAAGGACUAGACGAGGCAGCGGCCGUCGCUGGCCAUGCAGUGGUUUCCAUGGCAUUGGGGGCGGGAACGAACCCUGGCACGGCAGCCACUGCAGCCGUGGCAAUGGUUGCUAGAUUUGCACUUGAACAAGGCUUGACCCUGAAGACAGCCAGCGUCGAAGAAGCUUCUGCAGCCGCGGGGAGAGCCGCUGUUGCAGCUGGCCGGCUGGCAGGAAUGUUUCCUCAAGUGGCAGGCGAGGUGGCAUUGAUAACCGUGGCACGUGUGGUUGGGCAGGAAGGCUUGGACAAGAGCUUCAGUUUGGAGGAGGCCGUGGAUGAAGCAGCCAAAGCAGCAAAGAUGGCUUGGCUUGGUGCGCACUUGGUGCCUGACCGCGCAUCCUACCACGCAUCCAUCAGCGCUGGAAUGUUCUGGGGCAGAGCUCUGCUCACAAAGGGCGCGAGUCUGAACGAGACUGCCGCUUCAGCAGGUCAGGCAGCAGCAGCUGCAGCUUUGGAUUUUGGCUUGGCGAUAAGUCAAGUCGCGAAGUGCGCAGCUUUAGCAGCAGGCGCCGUCGCUGCGGAAGCAUCCUUCGCUGCAGGGAAGCCUGCAAAUGUCGUGGCGACUGCAGCCGCCACACAUGCCUUCACAGCGGCAGAGUCGCAGGGCAUGAAUCGAAAGGCUGCUGCAGAAGCUGCAGCUCUAGCUGCCGGUGCUGCUGCUGCCGCCGGCACACUGGGGAAGGGCCAACCACCAGAUGCAGCUGCACAGUUUGCCGGAGAGGCAGCAGAGUGCUUUCUGGAGAGCCACGGUUUCGGCAAGGAGGCAGCGGCGUCUGCAGCAGCACUGGUCGCCGGUCGUGCUGCCGGCGAUGCUGCUUUGGGCGCUAGCUGCUCGCCGCACGAGGCGGCAAAGCAGGCCUCAGCCGCCGCGAUGGCCUUUGGGGCUGCUCGCGGUGCAGACGCUUCCGUCGCCGCCCGUGCUGCGAGGUCACUCCUCGAGGAGUAUCCGACUGGCGGGCUGUCUUCUCGACCGCAGCUGCCGAUGGCCGCUCCGCAAGCGCCCCUUGAAGCCGGCGCGGUCCGCGCGGUGGAAGCAGCACCGGCCGAGGACGAACCCAGCUUGGCAGCGUCACCUUUGGAGCCCAGAAGGAAGGGCAAGGGAUCUGACCGUCAAGACGGGCACCAGCAGUGCCGAGAUGGCAGUGACGAAGAUUCCGAGGCACAUAGACCUGCUUGGCAGCGGAACCUCAUCAAGGAAUUCGAAGAGGUCGACGCCAUCGAAGCUGCUGCUAUCCGCAUUCGAAGAGACCUGCAGAACCUUAACGAGGAGACCGAAAGGGCCGAGGUGGAUGCUGAAGCUGCAGCUUUGAUGCUCGACCUGCGAGGAAGCGCCGCCGGAAGGCGGAGCUCCACAUCUGGAGACUUGGAGGCCAUUGCACUCUUAGCAGAACUACAUGGUGAUGCACGACGGCCAGACGUUCCGCAGGAAGGCCGUUCCUACUCAGCUACAAGCACAAGCGGCGUCGAAGAGCCUGAGAGGCUUUGGCAUCUAGAAGUUCUUCGCCUUCGGAGGGCACUUGACCAAAUGGCCAAGGAGACGCUUCAGUGA